UUUUUCCUCCGCUCUCGCUCCCCUCCCCUCCCCCGAAAGUCCGGGAACAAAGAGAAGGAGUCGCGGCGGCGGCGGCGGCGGCGGCGGCGGUCCGUGGGGGCGCGCAGGCGAGAGGUAUACAGUUAUGGCCACCCAGGUGAUGGGGCAGUCUUCUGGAGGAGGAAGUCUAUUCAGCAACAGUGGCAACAUGGGUAUGGCCUUACCCAACGACAUGUACGACCUCCACGACCUCUCCAAAGCUGAACUGGCUGCACCCCAGCUCAUCAUGUUAGCAAAUGUGGCCUUGACAGGGGAAGUAAAUGGCAGCUGCUGUGAUUACCUGGUUGGUGAAGAAAGACAGAUGGCAGAACUGAUGCCUGUUGGGGACAACAACUUUUCCGAUAGCGAAGGGGAAGGACUUGAGGAGUCUCCUGAAUUAAAAGGCCACCCCAGUGGGCUGGAAAACAUGGAACUGAGAGGUCUGGAGCUCAGUGCCGUGGAACCACAGCCUGUGUUUGAAGCAUCAGCUGCCCCGGAAAUGUACAUUUCCAAUAAAGACCUCCCCCCCGAGACCCCUGGGACAGAGGACAAAUGCAAGAAUUCGAAGGCCAAGCCAUUUCGCUGUAAGCCAUGCCAGUACGAAGCAGAGUCCGAAGAGCAGUUUGUGCACCACAUCAGGGUUCACAGUGCUAAAAAGUUUUUUGUGGAAGAAAGUGCAGAGAAGCAGGCCAAAGCCAGGGAAUCUGGCUCUUCCGCUGCUGAAGAGGGUGAUUUCUCCAAAGGCCCGAUCCGCUGUGAUCGCUGUGGCUACAAUACCAACCGGUAUGAUCACUACACUGCUCACCUAAAGCACCACACCAGAGCUGGGGAUAACGAGCGCGUCUACAAGUGUAUUAUUUGCACAUACACGACAGUGAGCGAGUAUCACUGGAGGAAACACUUGAGAAACCAUUUCCCAAGGAAAGUCUACACCUGUAGCAAAUGCAACUAUUUUUCAGACAGGAAAAAUAAUUAUGUUCAACAUGUUCGGACUCAUACAGGAGAGCGCCCUUAUAAAUGUGAACUUUGUCCUUACUCAAGUUCUCAGAAGACUCAUCUGACUCGGCACAUGCGCACUCACUCAGGUGAGAAGCCAUUUAAAUGUGAUCAGUGCAGUUAUGUGGCCUCUAAUCAGCAUGAAGUGACCCGGCAUGCAAGACAGGUUCACAAUGGGCCUAAACCUCUUAAUUGCCCUCACUGUGACUACAAAACAGCAGAUAGAAGCAACUUCAAAAAGCACGUAGAGCUGCAUGUUAACCCAAGGCAGUUCAACUGCCCCGUGUGUGACUACGCAGCUUCCAAGAAGUGUAAUCUACAAUAUCAUUUCAAAUCUAAGCAUCCUACCUGUCCCAGCAAAACAAUGGAUGUCUCCAAAGUGAAACUAAAGAAAACCAAAAAGAGGGAGGCUGACUUGCAUAGUAAUACCAUCACCAAUGAAAAGACAGAGACAGAGCAGACAAAAACAAAGGGGGACGUGUCUGGAAAGAAAAAUGAGAAACCUGUAAAAGUAGAGAGAAAAGAUGUUUCAAAAGAGAAGAAGGCUUGUAGCAGUGUCCCAGUGGUCCAGGUGACCACCAGAACUCGGAAAUCAGCGACGGAGACUAAAGCAGCAGAGACGAAACAUGUAGAUGUGCAUACAGGAGAUAAUUCAGAAAAGUCCUGUAAAGGCAAGAAAAACAAAAGAAAGAUGGAUGCUGAAGCCCAGUCUUCAGACAGUCCCGUGAAUGAGGAACCAGUGACAAAAAAGAAAAAAAAGAUAGAAAGCAAAUCCAAAAAUAGUACCGAAGUGCCAAAGGGUGACAGCAGAAUGGAGGAGAGUAAGGGGGACAAUAAGAAGCAAAAUGCCUCCACUAAGAAAAGUGCAAAGAAGAAAACUCUAAAAAGUAAAUCAAGUAAGAAAGGCAGCAAACCUGCGCAGUCAGAGCCCCCUGCCAGCGAGCUGGAUCAGGUGUCUCCAGUUCCCGAGCUCACUCUGACAGGAUCUACUCAGACGGAGCUUCCUUCUCCCAUGGAUAUUGCUCAGACAGGACCUGCUCAUGUGGAGGAUUCCCAGACAGGGCCUCCGCAGGUGGAGCCUCCUCCUCCCACCGAGCCUGCUGAGGUGGAGCUGCCAUCUCCCGUGGAGCCUCCACAGCACGUGGAGCCUCCCCAGAGGGAACCAGCUCCUCCCUUGGAGCUGCACCAGGUGGAGCCCCCUGUCAUGGGGCCUCCCGAAGUGGAGCUACCCUCUCCCAUGGAGCUGCCUCAGGUGGAGCCACCACCUUCCAUGGAGCAUUGUCAGAAAGAGCUGCCUUCUCCUAUGGAGCAUGCUCAGACUGAGGUUACCCAGACGGUUUCUACUCAUGUGUCUGUUCAGAAGGAGCCUCCUCCUGUCAUGGAGCCAUCUCUUCAAGUCAAGCCAAUUACCAAAAGGUCAUCUCCCCGAAAAGAGUACACAGAGGAGAAGUCGGAUGUGCAGAAUGAGGUGGUGCGGCAGGAGCAGGUCCUUAUUGAGGUUGGCUUAGUGCCUGUUAGAGACAGCCAGCUUCUGAAGGAAAGCAAGAGCGCACAGGAUCUUCCAGCCCCACCACCGCCACCGCCAAAGGGAAACUCACAAGAAGAGACACCUGACAACCGAAAGCCAGUCUCUGAUGGAGAAGGAAAUAAAAUAGCCCCUCUCAAGAAAGUAGGAACAGAGGAAGCCGCUGAGGGUUUAGCUGAGCUUGCUGCUACCAACGAGUCUACCAGUGUUUCAUCCUCUGAACACUCGAACGCAACAGGUGGUGAAGCACUGCAGGCCAAGGGUCAGGCCGACUCCACUGGAGUCUGUGAAAUGGAAGUGUCUGCUGAGCAGAACAUAGUAGACAGUGUCCCUGUGAAAGAUGCAGUUGAGCCGGUGUCAGCUCUUACCCCACCAGCAGACCGUGAAACAGAAUCACCACCGAUCACUUUGGCCGAAAACGAGUCUCAGGAAAUUGAUGAAGAUGAAGGCAUCCAUAGCCAUGAUGGAAGUGACCUGAGUGACAACAUGUCGGAGGGCAGUGAUGAUUCUGGGUUACAUGGGGCUCGGCCAGUGCCACAAGAAGCUAGUUCAAAAGCUGGAAAGGAAGGGUUGCCAGUUAAAGUCUGUAUUUUCUGUGACCGUUCUUUCAGAAAGGAAAAAGAUUAUAGCAAACACCUCAAUCGCCAUUUGGUUAAUGUAUACUUCCUGGAAAAAGCAGCUGAGGGGCAGGAGUAGUUCAGCCGUGGACGAAGUGCAGUUCACAGUUAAUGAGCGUGCAUCUACUUUUUGUUUGUGACAGUAGACAAACUUAACUUGCUUUAAUUAGUGUUGAGUGCUGAUUUUUAAGUGACGUUCUUUUUCUCUAUGUCUAUAGUGAUUGUUGCAUACAUUUUAGCAAAUCCUAGGAGUCAGUAUAAGAAAAUGUACCUAAAUCUGUUAGCUUGGGCAGUCAGGUGAAAGAGAAGGGCAAGAUGGUAGAACAUGCUUUCGUGGGUUGUCCACCUAUCAGUUUUUUCCUGUCUUUUUCACUUUACUUCCUAUUUUCACUUCCUUGUUUAGAUUGAUAAAAAUUGGCUUAGCAAAUUACUUGAAGAAUUUGCCUGCUUCAUAUAAAUAAAGUUAGCACUUUACAGUUUCUUUAGAGAUGAGAAAAGACAUUUAAAUUGAAGAAAAAUCCUCAACAGUGGACAUUGUAUCUCUCCAGGUAAUUGCUUCCUGAUUUACUCUGAUAUUCUGUGUUUCUAUGUUAAUCGGAUAAAGUGCUGUUUUGGUGUUUGUUGUUUCGGGGCUUUGCUGGCGGAAGAUUGCACAUGUUUUUUCUUUUUUUUAACCUAUGCAGUUAAUCCCUCCCCAGCGAAUUGUGUUAAAUAGUAACACUUUAUACAUAUAUAUGCAUGGUUUUUGUUUUUGCUUUUUCUCUUUUUUGGAGGGAUGCUUUUAGGCCUGUUUGCAAAAGGGUUGUUUUCCCUUUUUGCUGCAAUUAUUUUGUAGAACAAUAGUGUGUGUAAGUUUAUGAACAAUGGAACAUGCAGGUUCAAUCCAUUGUCUUUUUUUUUUUUUUUUCUUUUUCUUUUUUAAGUUUAAUUUUCACCUCUUAUCUAUGCCGGAAUUCGUUUCAUAUAAGUUAUUUUGAAUGGUGAGCAUAUGUGUAAUUUCACAGCUCUUCAGUCUGAUUUUUGCAGUAAGCCACUAGAUCGCUAUUGAACAAAAUUUAAUCUCAAAUAUCAGCCACAAGAGUUAUUUUUGCUGUUUUUAAAAAGCUUAUUUCUUUCAGAGUGAUAAAUUGUCCUUUGAACCAUAGUUUAUUUUCAGUAGAUGGUUGGUGUUGGGAUGGCUACUCAACCGAGUAGAGAACUCCAAGUGAUAUUUGGAAGCCACAAACCUGGAUCCAGAUACAGCCAUCCUUCAAAUCUAGAGUAUCACUUGUGAGAAGAAGCCAUUGUCACUUGGCUAAUCUAGAAUGGAAGCAACCAGCCGCAUCUUCCUUCCAGAGAGUGCCUGAAAAAGGCUGAUGUUAAUUAAGUACAGUUCAGAUUUUUAAGAAUCAUACUUUCUCAGGGAUCACCACAAACAAGUGGGUGUCCUCACUGUCCCUGUGAGACCGCCUCUGUACAGGUGAGGCCUCUAGUGAAUUGUAGCUACCCCGGUGUUCCUCUGGGGAUGCUGUAGAGAAACUGCAUGUGCCCCAGAUCCGGUUCCCUGUGCUCUUUGGCUGUUGCCAGAGUUAUGAAAGAGCCCAACAUGGGUUUUUUCUUACUGGUAGUAGUGAAUUAAGUAUGAUCCCAGUUGGGAAUUGUGACAUUUUGAUGCUCAUGUUCUGUUUUGAAAUAACCUGAGUAUUUCAUUUAUUUUCUUUAACCUGGCGAUCUCUGAGCAGGCUUCAGAUUUUGACAGUUCAUGAAAGAUACGACAAGCAUUAAUGUAUGGAUGAAAAAAGCUUGGUGAAAUUCUGAGUGAAGUUUUACUUAAAGUUGGUUGAACUUGGAAUUGACUGGGAGGCCAAAGAUUUAAAAAGCAGAUUCUCUCAAGACAUAAGUUGUGUGAUUAUAGUGUGUGUGUUGUGUGUGCAUGCGAAUUUGUAAAUGUUGAAUUCUAGGCUCCGACAAUCAUUGUCAGUGCAGAUCAAGCUGCAAGUAUUUAUGUUUUAAAACUUAAAUUAUAAAGCUAGUUACGUCUUUCUAAUGACUAGUUUUAAUGUUCAUGAGCACAUUUUACCUACAUUGUCUUUUCAAGAUGUUGAAAAAGAUGCAUCCCAAGUGAGGCUGGGGGCUAGUUGGUUCUGAGAAAGAGGUCUUUGUGGAUUCUUUGAUACAGCAAAGGAAAACAAUUCCUUUUGGGAAUUGAACUGUUUUAAUCUGUUCUUUAAGAUUAGAAAUUUAAAAAACAAAAAUAUAAAGGAAAUUAAGACCUCAUUAAAUUGAUCUUUAAAAACAAGAUUUUGUUACCUGAGUACAUUGUUAAUUGAGUGAGACUUUUUUGAGAUUGUUCUUCCAGAAAACAAGGACUUGGUUGUCACGCCUAUAUUAGGCUUGGCCCUUGGUGCCAUGUAUUUGUACUUAGAAUUGUUUCAAUGGAAAGAGUCUUUAAUGAUUGAAACUUGUAGUACAAUUGGGGGUUCUUCCAUUUGAAAAAUGUGAUAUUUGCAUGGGAUUGUUUGGAUCUUGUUUUCUAAUCUCCCCCUCCCAGUCACCACCCUCAUAGUCUAGUCUGAAGGUAGGUUUUUCUCUUGAUAAAGGAACAAAAAUAUGAACAUCUUACUUGUAAAUUGAUAGCUAGUAACUAGUGGUAAACUUGAAAUGGUAGAAUUCUUUACAGCCUGGUCCUAGGUAGACUUAGGAAAAUGUAUCUUAAUUAUUUUUGAACCUGUAUUCACUUUGUCUUUUCAGAAUACCUUAAGUUAUAUUUUCUUUUUCAGAGCUGCUUAUUUUGGGGCUACUUUUUUUAAAAUUGUAAUUGAGGCGUAAUUCAUAAAAGGCUACAUUGUUUUGAUAAGACUUUUUUUUACAACUGUGGCUGGAUGUCUUUCUCGUCUUCCAAGAAGGGCCAUUUUGCUUUCUUUAGAUUUACUUUUAUAGUCAUGAGGUCAUCAACUUGGGCUACUUUGCAUGAAAGUGCUAAUGCAAAGUAAAAUCCAAGCUGUCCUCAUGCAGUUCACUCUAUGAAUAUUGACAGCAGAAGGAACAGCUUGUCUGUUAGUGUACUGUUACUUGUAAACUAAAACACUGACGAAACUCCAUUUUCUUUACAAAAAUCAAGGUAUAUUCUUAAGGUUUCCUGGUCGACCUCAGCAGAUGAAGUGAGCUGAUAGUCUUAGAAUGAUCUUAAGUGUACUUACAGUCUACUUGUACAGCUGGUGAGAUGGCUUCUACAGUUCUACCUGUAGUCCAUAGGCUCCCAUUAGUUACUGAAUUCUUAAAACUGGUAUUGUAACAUUACAACAAUGUUUUGCGCCAAUUUUAUAAACCUUUACAGUGCAAUAUGUGUUACUUUUCUGAGGCAAACCAAAGGUAUAUUUCUCAAGGUUCUGCUGCCUUCAGCAGCAUUUGAUGGAAGAUCUUUUAUACAUUUGUAAUAGGUAGAAAUAAACCAGAUUGCAGUUUUUGGUUUUAUUUGUUUUUUUUUUUUUGUUUGUUUGUUUUGUUUUGUUUUUUAAAUUGUAUACCAUGUACCACAUUUCUGGACAAGAUUGUGUAGGAUAAGUUAAACAUAAUUGCAUUCUAUUAACCAAUAUGAGUGUAUUUCUUAUGCAUAUAGUUACAUUAAAAUAAAGUUCUAAAACGUAUUAGACCUCUUUAUUGUCGGUGUAUCAAAGAAGCCAAGAUCACUUUAUUUUCUGUUAGUAUAUUGAAUCUUGAUAUUCUCUGUGUUUCAGUGCUGAGAUCAAACCCGGGUUCUGUGCAUUGCAGUCACGGGCUCCGUCACUGAGUUUCGUUUCCACCAAUAGUGUGUUUGAAAAAUGUCUGAGGUUAGCGGUUGAGAUGUUAUGGAUAGUAACAGCAUGGAUAGUAGGGUCCUGGCGCUUCUAGAGUUAGGAGUGUCACUGAAGUGUUAUGGUAUCACAGUGAGAAAUCGCUCCAAAGCAUGGAGCGAUUAAUAGAGGAAGAGUUCUUUAAUGAUGGUGCAAACUGGUUCUGGCUAUUGAUGGUAAGAACUGACCCUGAACAGAGAUUAUAGUAUGUGAGGCUGAGCUAAAGUACUGCUGUUAUACAUGUGUUUCCUUGUGCAAAUCUUGUAGGUUCCAAACACUUUGAGCAAUUAAACAUGCUUUACAGACACA